CAGACACUCGACUCUUCUUGAAUUUCUCGACAGAAGCGCUCCGAUUUUUUCAGAACUCAAAAACGGAUUUUUCCUUUUCCAUCCAAUCCCAUCUUUUGUUUUCUGUCCGUAAAUAUCUUUGAUCUUCUUAAGAAGACGGAGAUAGCUCUGCCUAUUUCGUUUCCUUUUCAGCAAUCCUUCUAUUGCAAGGCUUCUUUUCGGCAAAAACCCGUCUCCAGAUAGUCUUUUUAUGCAUGUCUUUGCACUUGGUUGGUCGAUUCUGAAAUGGGUUUUUAGAGUUUUGGGUUAAUCUGUUUUGUUUUUUCUGUUUUUUGGGAUUUCAGGAAUUUUGAUGUUUUGACCCAUUUGUUCUCAAUCCGAACUUGGUUUAUAUUUCAUUUUUCUGGUUUUGGAAGUGGCCAUCUCAUUGGAUUUGAGUUGGGUUUUUUAGGGUUUAGGGUUUUAGCAAGCUCCCCUGUUUUCUGGGUUUCUUGUUCUUGACUUGUUUGAAUUUGAAUUUGGUUUUUGGGAUUAUAGAGAUUUCAAUUUUCUGAUUUUGGGUUGCUCCAUCUUGAAUCGGGUUUUGAGGGUUUUUGGGUUUUAGCGGUAUCCCUUGUGUUGUAGGUUUUGUGUCCUGAAAAAUACUCCAGAUUUUAAUGUUCCAGACCUAUUUGAUUGAGCUCCAGAUGGGUUUUUGAAGAUUCUGAAGUGGCUGAAUUAUUGGAUUUGAGUUGGGAUUUUUUAGGAUUUUGAGGGUGUUAUAAGCUUCCUCUGUUUCCAUCAUUCAACUUGAAAUUGUCUUCUUAGGUUUUUGGUGUUUGCUUUUUCCUGGUAUAUUCCCUUUUCCUGUUGCAAAUCUGAAUUUCAUCAUCUUCUAAGAAUUUUGGGGUUUUAUAAGCUUCGUUUUUCUUGUUGCAAAUCUGAUUUUCAACUUGAAAUUGUCUUCUUAAAAUUUGGGGAGUUUUUUUUUUUUUUUGUGUUGCAGCUUACUGGAGCCAGAACUGAAAAGUGUUUUUGGCUUUUUGGUAUUUCAGCUGGAUUUUGAUUUUUCAGUGUCCAAAAGAUGGGUUUGGAGUUUCAGGCAUUGAAUUCCAGCUAUUUCUAGUCAUUACAGACCUUGAAAAGUUGAAUUCGGAUUGUUGUAAUUCCAUCUUUCUUAAGUUUUCUGAAUCUCCCCUGUUCUGUCGACUUCUGCCAUAAGCAUAGAGUUCUCCACUUUCGACUACUGCAAAUGUCUUCCUGUUUAAACCCAGGAGGCGGACGAACCUAUGGUUUCAAUCUCGACCUUGUAAAAUCCCCGUCUCCGUUGAUAGCAUGCUCUUCCCAAUCUUCUUCUCCCUCCUCCACUCUCUCUGAAUCGAGCAAUUCUCCCCUCACUAUCUCGACCCGCAAACCAAGAACCCCUCGGAAGCGUCCCAAUCAAACCUAUACUGAAGCAGCUGCUCUCCUCUCCACAAUCUAUCCCAACAUCUUCUCGACUAAAAAUCUUGCAAAACUCUGUAAACACACAAGAUCAUAUGACUCUUUCACUGAAUCCUCUGAGCUGCUCCCACCAUUGCCUUCUCUCGACAAUGCCGGUUUCCUGCUUAGCCGAUCAGUCCCUGAAAAACCAACUUCCAGAAUUGAGCCCAACCCCAAGAGUUCCAGCAAUAAGCCCCACCCCGGCGUAACUGGCACUGAUUGCCUUCCAAGUUCUCCAAACGGGCAGCAUGAUGGUUAUGAGGAGGAUUUCGGCGCAGAGUCAAUCCUCGAUGAGGAGAUUGAAGAGGGCAUUGAUAGCAUCAUCGGGAAUCUCAGCGUAAACAACGAUUCUCAUGGUAAUUCCUAUGAUUUCGGCGGCGGCAGCCAGUCUCAGACCAAUGCUCAUUACUGGAAUCUGAUGGGCCUUGCUUUUGGUGGGAACUUUGAAUUUGCGUUUGGGUUUGGAAGGAAUGUGAGGGCACUGAAACAGGUAGAGGAUGGGGAUUGGUGGAGAAAUUCGACUGUUGAGGUUUCAGAUAUCUCUCCCAAAUUCAAAGUUACAGAGAAGAAGAAGAAGAGCAAGAAGAAGAAGAAGAAGAUGAUGGCAGAAGAAGAUGACUUGCAGGAUCUUGGCCCUUCUGAAGAGAAUUUGCAGCCUGGUUUGUGCCUGAAAUUGAAUUAUGAAGCAGUUUUGAAUGCAUGGUCGGACCGUGGGUCGCCGUUCUCCGACAAAAACUCGAAGGCGGAGGCACACAAAUCUUCCGUAGACUCCAUUGUACGUUUCUAAUCCCCAGCUGGAAAUAGGAAAGAUCUUCACAGAGCUGAAUUUUGUGUUAGGUGGGAGGAGACCGUUUGAAUUUUAGAGCACAUAGCAAAGAGAAUUUUAUAAAAUUCUACCUUAAUAUUAUUGAAUUUACAUU